AUGAAGAAACAACAAUUUCUUUUAUCUUCAAUUCUACAACUACUAACUUUGACCCUCUUCUACUCCAUUACCAUCUCAGCACAACUCUCACCAUUUCAACCCCCACAAACAUCAACAUCAGCACCAGGUUUCGAUACAGUUCCCCUUGUACCAGUCUCCCCAAGUGAAGGCCCCACCCCUAUCGACACCAUCCCCAAAACAUCAUCCAUUGACAUCAUCCUAAUUCUACAAAAAGCCAAAAGAUUCUCGGUUCUUGUUCGCCUUCUCAAAACAACUCAGUUAAUAAGCCAACUCAACUCUCAGCUAGUUACAUCAUCAUCAUCAUCAGAUUCUAGCAAUGAUGGUUUAACCCUUUUCGCACCAGAAGACAGUGCUUUCUCAAAACUGAAACCAGGUUUCCUUAACUCUCUCAGUGACAGACACAAAGUAGAACUGUUACAAUUCCACACACUUUCCUCAUUCAUCUCAAUCUCAAAUUUCGACACCUUAACAAACCCGGUUCAAACACAAGCCGGAGACGAUGCCAAAAGGCUACAACUUAACGUAACCACUUCCGGGGGGAGCCGAGUUAGCCUGACAACUGGUGCGGUUAACGCUACUGUUACAGGAACCGUUUAUGCAGAUAAUAAACUAGCUAUAUAUCAGGUUGACAAGGUUCUUGUCCCUCUUGAUCUUUUGCUUCCUGCACAUGCACCAGUUCCUAAAGGAGGCUCAUCUAAGCCUGAUGAUGGAAGCAAGUCAUCGUCCUCAUCGAAGGAUGAUGAUGAUGAAAACAAAGACUUGCCUUCUGAAGCUUCUUCUGGAGGUGGUUACUGCAGUGUGAAGGGAAUGUGGCUGGCUUUUGUUGUUGGGAUUGUUUUGUUUGGUUGUGAAGCUAUGCUAUCAAUUUGA